AUGGCCGGUCUUGCCCGUGCGAUAGCUCUGGAGGAAAAAAUGAGGAGGAGAUGUGAAAGACGCGUUGUACACAAGGAGUACAAGGAGAGGUUCUCCAGCCCUUAUGAUCCGUAUUAUUACUAUUAUAAGGAGGAGGAGAAAAUAACGAGUACGGUCGAAGAGAUGCGAUCCUUCCACAGGUGGGUGAUUCGCCAGUUCGCCGGACAAUCAAUGGCCAACGGCGUCGAUAUCGGGACGGCAAGUAAAAUAUUAUAUCCAACAAGAUAUACCCAGGUAUCAGAGGCGUCCUCGGAAGGAGACGCCAAGCAGCCGGAUACGCUGCGAAUCAGGGGUAGGACGAAAGGCUCCAGCGCGGGAACGUCAUCGACGGAGCCCAGCGGGCCGAGUGAUACUGGGGACCGGCCUCGGAGCAGGCCGGGCCCCAAAUGCUCCAAGGCGGAUGCUAGGCCUCUGUCCCGACCCUCGUCCUCGAGAAAGAGGACGAAGAAGCUGCAACGACAGCAGGCGACUUCCACAUCGCCAGAGGAAGGGUCCAAGAAAAAGGCCAGGGAGGCAGACUUGCCCAGUGAUGGGUCCGUCACGGGAAUGGAUAGUGACGACCUGUCCACGGCGUCUAGGGGAUCGGCUGGGGUCUCCGGUCGCAUCCGUUCGCUGGAACAGAGGCCUGCGGGGGGCUCGGCUCCGCACUCGGCUGCCGGCUCGGUCCCGGCCUCCGUGGCGGUGUCCUCGGAUGAGGACGCGCGGGUGGUAUCAGGGGGACCGGUGGCUCCCCCGUCGAACAGGAGAAAGAGAGGAAGGCCACCGACCACCGGUGAGUACGUGGCAAGAUCGGAAGCCCUACGCCGGUCGAACGAGGAGGACGAGAAAAGCCUAACGCUGGCUAGAGACAGACUAUAUAGGGAGCUGGACGGAGACAAGCUCCUUUCUAGUGCCAAGAUCGACUUGGAAAAAUGGAAGGAGGAUCUCUCGGAGAGGCCCGAUGAGGAGCUCUCCGAGAGAAUUUACAAAGGCCAGAUGGAGGUUAUCUGGGUGGUCAAGGCCUCCGGUAACCUCAAGGGCACGUUCCAAUGUGCCCUUAAAGUGGCGGCGACCUCCAAUGUGGACGCUGGGAUGCGCGAAGAUACUGAAGGAAAGAGCCGAAAGAUCCCAGGAAGGCACGGCAUAUAUGGAGAUCCGGUCCCUCAGGCGUGA